UGCAACAUUAUUUCCUUCUAACUUCUAUGUACACGUACAAAAAAAACAUCAUAUAAAUAAAUAAAAGUGAAGGAAUUAAUUAGUCAUUUUCAUCAUCUUAAUCAUUUUAUAUAUAUAGACAUAGUUGUGUACAUAGGAAUUGAUAUAAUGGAAUUUCAUUUGAGGUUUUUGUUGACAAAUUUCAUUGGUGUCCAUGCAUUCUUCUUCUUCAUUUCACUUGCAACCGCGGAACUUCCACGGUUGCAGCAUCCCACAAAAGUCGACGGCUCAUUGAGUUUUUUAGUCGUCGGAGAUUGGGGAAGGAAAGGAGCUUACAAUCAAACUCAAAUCGCUCGUCAGAUGGGAAAGAUAGGAGAGAAACUAAAGAUAAACUUUGUGGUGUCAACUGGUGACAAUUUUUAUGAUGAUGGAUUGAAGAGCAUCAAUGAUCCUGCAUUUCUAAAUUCUUUUACAAAAAUAUACAAAGCUAAGAGCCUUCAGAAGCCAUGGUACAAUGUGUUAGGAAACCAUGACUACAGAGGAAAUGUUGAGGCCCAAUUAAGCCCAAAUUUUAGAAGUGUGGAUAGCCGAUGGCUUUGCAUGAGAUCAUUUGUUGUUAACUCAGAAAUUGCAGAGUUGUUCUUUGUGGACACAACUCCAUUUGUGGACAAGUAUUUUCUAAGGCCUAAGGACCAUAAAUAUGAUUGGAGGGGUGUUCUUCCUAGACAACAUUACCUUUCAAAUCUUCUCAAGGAUGUAGAUUUAGCAUUGAGAAAUUCAGCUGCCAAGUGGAAAAUUGUGAUUGGACAUCAUGGCAUCAGAAGUGCAGGGCAUCAUGGUGACACCAAAGAAUUAGUGAAGCAACUCCUACCAAUUCUUGAGGCAAAUGAAGUGGAUUUGUACAUAAAUGGUCAUGAUCAUUGUUUACAACACAUAAGUAGCAUCACAAGCCGAAUUCAAUUCUUGACAAGUGGAGGUGGUUCAAAAGCAUGGAAAGGUGACUUUAGUGCAAAUAGUCACAAGGGAAUGAGAUUUUACUAUGAUGGUCAAGGCUUCAUAUCUGUUCAACUUACACCAAAUGAUGCAAUUGUAGCCUUUUACAACAUAUAUGGCAAAGUUAUGCAUACUUUGAAUCUAUCCAAGGGUCUCUAUUCUGCAGUAUAAGGUUUAUUGUAAUCGUUUCAAGAUCGAUGUUCGAUCAUCUAUUGAUUUUGACGUGUAAGAAUAUUAAACUAUUUAUAAGAACAUCAGUUAUUUCAUUCA